AUGCAGUCUGUUCAAUACUACGCUCUCCUCGCCAGAGGUCUUGCGUCAGCAAUUGCAGUCGACCUGCCUUUGAGCAGUUCACGGCUCAACCGCCUCAGCCUGCCGGCGAGUUCGUUGCACAACAACAGACAAUGCAAGGCGAAGCCAUGGCAGCACAGAGAGGGUCUUGGUCAGAUGAGUCGACCUGCCUUUGAGCAGUUCACGGCUCAACCGCCUCAGCCUGCCGGCGAGUUCGUUGCACAACAACAGACAAUGCAAGGCGAAGCCAUGGCAGCACAGGGGCAGGAGCUCACCAUAGCUAAGCUGGAAAAUUCUGUUGCAACUAUGGAAGAACAGCAGUUGACAACGGAUCCUCGGUAUCAAAAAAUGCUGCAGCUCAAGUCCAAGCUUACAGGUAGCAGUAAGGAGGUGUACUCUCUUCGUAUUUUCUGGUUGAGCAUUCAGAGGAAAGAAAACGAGGAGAAGCGAUGA